AUGCCGCGCAAGAGGCCAGUGACAGAUGCCAGCCCAGUUGCAGCGAGUGCGGAGGCAGUCGCGCGGGCGCUGGGCGCGGCGCUCGGCGUGCACGUGGACGCCGGCGACAUCGUCCGCCCGACGCGCAGGGCGCUGGACGCGCUCCUGCGGCGGCUCGCGCAGAGCGUGGCGAGCGACCGGGAGAAUGGAGUUCGCGCCGUGGUAGCUGUCUCGGGACUCCAGUUCCCCGCGCCCGCGGACAAGGAGCCCGGCAACGACCUGGACGUCGCGCUCAUGCUGGCCGCCGCCGGCGCCGAGCACUGCGCCUCCCACGAAAUGAUCCACCCGACGCCCGCGCUCGCGGCCUCGCUCCUCGGCAGCGUCUCGGGCUUCGCGGAGCACCGCACGCGCCGCAUGACGGACCUGGCGCGCGCCCUGUCGGGCAGAAAGGGUGCCGCGGCGUUCAAGAGCAGCGUGUCGGCGUGGCUGAUCCCCGUCGGUGCGCUGCGGCGCGCCGUCGCGGACGACGGCGCGCCGGAGCCGUCUGGCUCGGCGGAGCAUGACUCGGGGCUGACGUGUCGCGAGGAGCUGUCUGCGCUGGACGUCGUGUCGACGCGCCCGGCCGCCCGCGCCGGAGUGCUGGUGCCGCUCGCCGCGCACGUGCCCGCGCGGCUCGCGGCGCCGCUGUCGCACGCCGCGGCGGCCGCGGCGCGCGCGCACGCGGAGCCCCCGGAGAGCCACGCGCGGCACUCCCCCCCUGAGCUGGCGGGGGGGCCCAGCCCGGACGAGCUCGCCUUCUCGCCGAGCCCGCCGGAGCAGCGGUCGCUGCUCGACGUGCUCGUCGAGGGCGCCGCGGCCGUCCAGGGCGGCGCCGGCAGCCCGUGGGACCCUGGAGAGGUGGUGUCUCCGGCACUCCCCCCGGCGCCGGAGCGGUCUGCGCCGGCCGUGCGGUACCAGCCGAAGGCUCGCAGCAAGCAGCAGCGCGCCCGCAGGGGCCUCCCGGGCCAGGGGGACGACUGGCGGGAGGGCCCCGAGGUGCCGGGGUGGGGAGUGAAGCGGAUGCGCACCAACAGUCCCCCCCCGCCCGUACGUAUGGACGAGCGCGCCGACGGCACGGUCCUGAACGUCGCGGGCGGGCAGAUCCGCGUCGUGCGGCUACCGGGACGCCCGCUCGAGCGCCCCGUCGAGCUGUCGCCCGCGGCCCUGCACACGCCCGGGCCCGCGGUGGCGCGCAACAGCGGCGCGGACGUCGCGGCCGUGGUGCCCGCGUUCGCGGCGCUCCCUGAGAGCUGCCACGGGUCCCCGCUGCACCGGUGGCUCGAGGUGAUGGUCGGCGCGCAGGUGACGGAGCUGGCGGAGGUCGCGCAGCUGUUGCGUUGUGUGGACGGGGAGGUGCGCGCGGUGGAGGCGGCCGGCGAGGGCGGCGCGGGCGUGGUCGUGCAGCAGAUGUACGCCGCGACGCGGCAGGGGCUCGUGCGGCGCCGCGCCGAGGCGCUGCGCGUCGCAAAGGCGCUGGACGCUAUGGCGCUGAACGUCGCCGACAUCAUCGGUGCCGCGCCGGGGGACGGUGCGGGGGACAGCGACGUCGAGGACGCGGACGUGCGGGCGCAGACGGCGCUGCGGGAGCUUCUGCUGCGUCUCCCGGAGGCGAGCGGCACGGCGGGGGGCGGAACGGCGACGCCGGGGACGGGGCCCGUGGCGGCGGCGCAGGAGGCGACGCCGGGGACGGCGGAGGCGGAGGCUGCGACGGGACCUCGUGCGAAGCGGCUUGCGUUCCUGACGCCCCCCGGGGGGUUGUUGGGCACCGCGGUGGGGGCGGCGACGCCGCGGCUGGGAGCCGACGCGGCCGGGGCGCAGGCGCGCGACGCGUGA